AUGGUAGGAGCUCAAUCUCCAAGCAAGCCCACCACGUCCAAAACGCGACCGAAAACUUCGACUCUAACUCCAGGUUCACAUAAAUAUCCUGCUUUCUAUGCAUGUUAUCUUCUCAGAUCAUACCAAAAUGGUAGAAUGAAUCAAAGAACUUAUGUCGGUUCUACACCUGAUCCACCUCGUCGAAUUCGUCAACAUAAUGGUCAAAUUAAAGGAGGAGCCUUUCGAACUAAAUAUUAUAGACCUUGGGAGAUGGAAUUGAUUUGUUAUGGAUUUCCUAGUAAGCUUGUGGCCUUACAGUUUGAAUGGGUUUGGAAUACGCCCUACAAGUCUCGACAUCUGCAAAAAGAUAUCAAUCCGCCUCUUAAUACUGUCAAUCAAUCUCAAUCUCAAUUAGAAGUGAAAUUGAAAGUCUUGAAGAAGAUGCUCACUACAUUACCUUGGUCUCAAUUUCCACUCCAGGUCCUCUUUUUUAAUGAAGGUGCUUAUAAACUGUGGUACGAGCAAGAUAAGAAGAUUUUUGAUGCGGACUCUUUAUCAUAUAUCAACUGCUCAGCGCCGGACUGCUAUAUCUCAACUCACUUGAUUUGCCUUUCUCGUCACUUUCUCAAUUCCAGUGCUACCCAAUUUGCCGCUCCCUCGGCCAACCCUGAAAUCGCGUGUAGGAAGCGUAUCUUGCCUGAUAGAGGUCGUUGCCCUAGCUGUUUAGCAAAUCUUCGCUGGGGUGAUCUUAUCAAA